CCUCUCUGCCUUUCCAAUUUCCAUCUCCAUCUCUCAUCUUAAUCAAUGCCUCUUCAUGAAAAUGGUGAAAAGCAAGAGUCAGGGUCGAAGCCAUCAACGCCCGAAAAGAGACAGUGUUGGGUGGUCUUGGUCUUGAGGGUGCUUGCAUUGUGUGCAACGGUCUCGGCCACUGUUGUCAUGGCACUUAACAAGGAAACCAAAACCAUAGUUCUUGCUACAAUCGGAACUACCCCUAUCAAGGCCACUCUCAACGCCAAGUUUCAAUACACAAAAGCUUUUGUGUUCUUCGUGAUAGCCUAUGGUAUAGGCAGUAUCCAUAACUUGUUGGUGCUGGUGGCUACUUUGUUUCCUCAUAAGUUUGAUUUCAAGGGUCUACGGCUUUUACUAAUAACCAUUACAGACAUGAUGACGGUGGCCCUACUGGCAGCUGCAGCAGGUGCUGCAGCUUCAAUGGCGGAGCUGGGGAUGAAUGGUAAUAAACAUGCGAGGUGGAGCAAGAUCUGCGACAGAUUUGAUACCUUCUGUGAUCAUGGAACCGGGGCCCUCAUUGCUUCUUUUGUUGCAGUCAUUCUCUUGAUGAUCCUCAAUGUGCUCUCUAUCAUCACUCUUUCCAGAAAGCCUACAUUUCAAACAAUAGUUCCGUGAUCCACCCAAUACCACUCUUGUUGAUCUUUUGUGUUGAUGAUUCAAAACAUGGAGUUGGUUAAAGAAAGUAUAGAAUCUGUAUUUGUGUUCAUUAAGCAAAACCUAUUUUGUUGUUAUUAUUAUUUGGAAAAAAACUACUUAAACCGCGAGUGUUUUAUGGCAAAUGCUUAAAAGUACUCCUCCUAAACUUUGACCUCUGCAAAAUCCCCCUUUCAUGUUUUAGAUAAAUAUGCAAACACAUCUUAAUUGUCCUGAUGGAAAACAUUGAUUUUUAUGUUUCAUUUUUUGCCCAUGAAGAACUUUAUUGGACUGAAAAUUUAUGGAAGUACCCCAAGAAGGUGAUCCACUU